AUGAAGCAGAGAAAAGUGAAAAUACUCUGUGUGCAAGAAGUAAGGUGGAGGGGCGGCGGAGUAAGGGAGAUCGGAGAAGGUUAUAAGCUAUACUACUCCGGAAGCAGAACGGGAAGAAACGGCGUAGGUAUCAUCCUCGAUGACGAGCUCAAGCAAAGGGUGAUGGAAGUCCAAAGGCCCUCAGACAGGUUGAUGACAAUAAAGGUGCUAGCAGGAAAGAGUCUGAUCAACAUCGUGAGUGGUUAUGCUCCACAGAUUGGCUGUGAAGAUCAAGAGAAGGAAGAGUUCAAAGAACAACUUGAACAGAGUGUUAGAGAGAUCCCUGAGAUAGAAGAAAUCAUCCUAGGAGCUGAUCUGAACUGUCAUGUAGGAGAAACAGGAGGAGGUUAUGAAGCAUGUCAUGGCGGUAUUGGAUACAGCCCGAGAAACAAGGAAGGAGAGAGAAUGAUAAAGAUAUUGGGGAGCUUGGAAUUGGUCUUGGUAAACACUGGAUUCAAGAAGAGAGAUGAGCAUCUAACAACAUACCGAAGUGGAGAUAGCAGUUCUCAGAUCGUCUUCCUUGUGGUGAGGAAGAGAACCCGUAAAAACAUGAGAGAUGCAAAAGUGAUUCCCGGAGAGGCUGUUGCGCACCAGCACAGACUACUGGUCAUGCAUGGGACGUUCUCUAAGAAAAGGAAAGAGGUGCAGGAGAAGAUCAAGGAAAAGAAGAAAGCUUUCAAGGAGUGGCGUGAUGACAAGGAGAGCUUGGAGAAAAGGAACCGGUACAAAGUGGCGAAGAGAGAGACAAAAAGGGCCGUGGCAGUAGCCAAAGAGGAAGCAGUUGGAGACUGGUACACAGAGAUGGAAACACCAGAGGGAGAAAAGAGAAUUUAUAAAGUGGACAAGCAGCGUGCAAGAGCAAAGACAGACAUCCCAAAAGUGACUGUGGAGAUGUCAGCCGUCCUCAAGAAGAUCAAGAAAAACAAGUCAGCAGGCACAUCGGAAAUGUUGGAUGCCUUGGGGAGUGAAGGUGCGAUGUGGACCCAUGAGAUUUGGAAUGGAGAGAACAUUCCAGAAGAUUGGAGGACAAGUAUACUAGUGCCAAUAUAUAAACAGAACGGCGAUGUAUUAAAAUGUGGGAACCACCGUGGUAUCAAGCUCUUGGAACACCUCUUGAAAGAUACCUACGAGAGUGUAAUCAUAAUGGUCAGAACGCCACAGGGAACAUCGGAAGAAUUUGAAGUGAACGUCGGCCUUCACCAAGGAUCAAGCCUGAGCCCACUCCUGUUCAUCAUAGUUAUCGACGUGAACAUGAUGAGCAAUAACAUCCUUAAAGCAACACUUUGCAACCUCCAUUUCAAGUCACCGAACUCGAACCGACCUCAGGUUAACGUUUCGUAUGAUCCUGCGCGUGGCCAGAGCACCCCUCCUACUGUAGGUGGCGUAACAAAAGUUCUUGAGAGACGUUAUGUACAAUAG